AUGGUCGACGAGGCCGACGACAACAGGGUUAACCACACUACGCUUCGCUUUCGGGACUUUGUUGGUAGAAACCCGGCCCAGCAUUCAAUUUCCCAGCUGGACCUAGCGCGCCGUGACCACAACAACAACAUGAAAUGCUGCUGCGGUAGAGCAGGUUGCGCCUACCUUGAACACAAUACCGCUGCUCUGGGCGACCUCGAAAAGGAUCUCGAGACUGCUGCGAGACUUGGCCAGGCACUGCUCGAUCGCCACGAAGCCUAUGUCAAAGAGUCGCAGGCUGAACAGGCUCGACUUGCUAACUAUGUCCACGACCUCGAGAACGAAAAGGCGAGUCUGCAGAAUGAGAACUAUAGAGUGCUCAACGAGAACAGAGAGUUGCUGCAGAGACUUGAGGACCUAAAUACCGACUUUGGAGAGAGUGGACAACGGGUGCAUGACUUGGAACAUCUUCUGCAAGACCGUGAGCAAGAGGUGAGGCGACUUAAUGGGUUGACACAUAAAGCACAAGACCUUGAGGUUAAAGUUUUGGACAUGGAGAAAGAACGUGCUGAACUGACCAAAGAGGUCGAAGAGAAACAGCAACAGACGCGCAGUACAAUCGUUCGAUGGAAGGAGAGCGAACUUAGAAUACGUCAGCUCGAGCAAGAGGUACAAAAGAUUGAAUGGGCUGCAAGACUUGACCGUGAAAGACAUGAAGAGCUGGUCGCGCGUAUGGAACGAGAUCGUGCUCUUGAUCGAGAACUUGGCCUUUCAGAGGGCCGCCUGAAAGCUUCAGCAGCUGUUCAAACUAUGCAGAAAGGUGGCGUUCAGAAGCAAGUCGUCAGCAAUUUUGUGAGGGACAUCUUGCAUGACAACGCAAACCUGCAGACCAGCGUCGCCGAGUUGAGAGAGCUGCUCCAGACAAGCAACGACGAAGUCCAAGCCCUCCGCGAUCAGAUUAUGCUGCAUCAACCCGUCCACGAGGACGAACUAGCAGUGCCUCAACGUGCAAUCUCUCUUAGUGAUGAAAUAGGACUUAGUCAACCAUUGCCGCAGAAACAGGUUCAGCAAGAGGUUCACGUUCACCAUCACUACCACACCAAGACGGGGGCUAAGAAAGAGAGGACUCCUAGGAAACCAUACAGGCGGGCAGGAACGCCUGCAACAAGUCUGCUGUCAAGUCCUUUGAUGUCGGGGCGAUCCACUCCAGUGCGCGGGUCGCACCGGUACAGUUCCAGCCCCGCUGCAUCACUAAGCGUUCGACCGACACGAUCCAGAGUCGAUCGAUGGUCUACACAGUCAACGGCGACAACAUCAACGUAUCUGUCUAGUAUCGCGAGUUCUCCAACAUCCUAUCAUGAAAGAAACGGUUUUAUUUUUGACCGACUUGAGCGUGGCGAAGAGAGCUCGAGACCGACAAGUCCUGAAUCUUUUAGUAUAGCUUCACCACAACCCUUCAAGCGACAAGACAGGCGAAUAGAUGGGGUUCCUAGUGUUUCAGAAGGAGACGAAAACUUUAUCUCUGAUGACCAGUUCCCUCCGCUGAAUCCUGAGGGAUAUAUGGAGGCAGAUGAAUGGUGUGAUGAGCACGAGGAAGUGAUGAUGCUCAAUACAGAACUGACACCCAAACCUAGUAUGGCGCUGAGGCGGCAGAGUCACUCAGAAACAGAUGUCUCUGAUUCACAGAUCCCAGAGCCACCGCCGCCUCCUGAUAAUGGCCUCGAAUCAGUUGAAGAAGACCUUGACAUCCAUACGUCAAAUUCUGUCAACGAACCAGUCAAAUCAGAACAACUUGUCAACUCCAAUUGUGUUCGUGAGAAGUUGAUGUCAUCAACAGCAACCAACCCUACCAACAUCGAGAUCAGGCCAUCUAUCCGUCGAUCAAAUUCGCAUGAUUCCCUGUAUUCGAUCUCAGGUAUGGACAUUCAUCUCGCUCAACAGUCCUCUCGGACCACGUUAGCUCUUCUGCGUGGCCACGGUGCGAACAAGCAUCACUUUGCUCCAACUCCAGCACCAAUCAGGCAGGCAGCAGCAUCAGCAGCAACACAACCUCUUGCUACUGUUACAGAAUACACAGCUACCUCAAGGCCAGGGCUCGAGGCUACAGCUAGCCCUAGCAUGCAAGCAUUGAGUGGAAUCCAUUCUCACGCCAACCGCAGUAAUGCUGUGCAAACCCAAGGGAAAGGUCUGAUCGGUUCUGUUGGUGGAUGGGUAUCAAGUAAAUGGGGCAAGACGCCGACGGCCACGAAAUCGGUGGCUGAUCUCAGAUCUGUCGCUUCUAAAUCCGUGGCUACAGCUUCCAGACCUCCUACAGUGCACUCGACCACGUCGCCAGUCAUGGCAUCAAACAGCGCAGACGUGAUACAGUCCAAUGCAGGGUCGUCUGCAUCUACGGGCAAGCGCAGUGUUAGUGCCACUGCCUUGUCUGUCUCUGCAGCAGUCAAAAGCGCCGACAUUCCUUUCCCAGGUUCGAUCACAAGUUCUGGUUUCUUUGGACGAGCUCCUGGCAUCAACCAGUCGGGUCCAAUACCAGGCUUCGCAGCAGUUAUAGCUACGAGAAAAGUACCCACUGUGGUCAAUCCCUCCACUGUGGACAUUACAGGUCUAAAAGAGAGUCUUGCAGAGCAAUAG